AACGGAUCUUGCACAUGUAGAAGCCGGGAAACUUUCUUGCAUCAGAUAAAUUAUGUCAUAUUGCAGGGAAGAAGGUAAAGAUCAACUAAUAUUUGUGACUGCAGAGGACCACUCUACUCCAAGUACCGUUAUUCUACCUGAAGACGAUGAUGAGUAUGAAGGUCUCAUUAAACCAACUGGGGAAAUAAACUGGGAUUGCCCAUGCUUACAAGGGAUGGCUGAUGGGCCCUGCGGAGAGCAAUUCAAAGCUGCCUUUUCGUGCUUCCAUUACAGCGAAGCUGAAGUUAAAGGCUCAGACUGCGUUCCUCAGUUCAGAGAUAUGCAGGUGUGCUUCUCCAAAUAUCCAGAAGUCUAUGGAAAGGAUGACGACGAAAGUGCAGAGCAAGAAAAUUGCGACRUAAAGGUUGGACAURAAGACGAUAUAGACUCUUUAGAUAAAGAUGUACCUGCAAAUUCACAAGAAAUCCAACUAUCAACGUUUUCUGAAAAUGCCAGCAACGAUGAAAGUGUAAGCACUUCUCAAAAGUUAGAGAGCUGAUUUCAGUGAUGAGUUACAUGGUAAAAUCCAUUGCAUACAGCAAAUUCAAAUAUAGUUGAAUACCGAAGAUAGUGUAUUCCAAGACAAAAAUGCAUAGUUAUUUGUUCUAUCGCUGUUCACUCUGUAUACUSAGGAAAUUCAAUGGAAAGUAAUUGCCAUAUAUCAUUAUGAUGUCACAGUAUGUUUUAAUYAGGCAAAGAUGCUSAAAACAGGGGCGACGGAGCAAWAUUUGACUUCGGGGGGUACAAUCAUAGACUUACAGUGAUGACAUCACAAAUAUAGACAAAAAGAAAUCUAUUGGUAAAUUUGAAAUAWACACUUAUGUUUUAUGUACAACCCCCACAUAUUUUGUGUGGAGGCUGUACCCUCCUGGCCUCCCCGGCCCUGCCAAGCCCUGCAAAAGCAAUAGAAAUUUGGACCCAUCUGUAUUCUCUCCGAAGAACAUCUUCCAUGUAUCGUGUUUUGAUAUAUGUCAUACAUUUAUUUGAUAUGCAGUCACUCCGAUCCCCUCUGGUGGCAGUAAUCCUUAGCAUUAAAACUAUGUAAUUUUUGCUGUGACAUCAUAAUGAAAGAGGGCAAUUCAGUUAAAAAUUGAAUUUUUUUAAUGCAGCUGAUAAAGUGGAGUUUACUGGCAACAAUGCAUUGCAGUCUUCCAUACUGCAUUCAGUAUUCAAUAUUAGAAAUAGCUGUGUGUAUGUGAAAUAAAAUAACAUUUUUUUUUACUUUUUCUAAUGUAGACUGAUUCCACCAGUCUGUCAGAUCGCUCUUUUUUUUCUGCUCCCGCUAGAUUGAGUGACAAACCGGAGAAUCAAGGARCGAAUACUACGACUUAUGGAAUCAGUCUAGGACUAAUGGUAUGCACUAUUGUCUGUACACAACUAUAUUAUCACCAAAUAUAGAACACCUGACAAAAGAGAACAAUUAUAGCGAAUUUUGGAUUUUGGCUUAAUUUGGCUAAGGGGUUUUCACAAAAAUGUUCAAUUUGAGGUAUGUGUUUGGUCAUUAAAAAUCUCAUAAAAAGGUAAAUAAGAAACGUAKAGUAUUCAAUAGUUGACUAUCUUGAAGCUUUCUUUAACACUUUUUAUUUUUGUUUUUGGAAUACACAUUGGAGUAUAUUAUUGUACAAUUUAUACUCAUAAAUGAAUCCAAUGGACUGUUUGGUCAAAUACUAGAUUUCUUGAUUACUUCAAACUAGAACAAGAUUUUSACAGAACCUCAAAAUUUCUGAGUAUUGACAAGGUUUUUGAUAUGCAAAGUUACAACAGGAAUUUGUCUUGCAUAUAAUCAUAUAUUUUAAAUGAAGUUUAGAAAAUGAAGUUCAGAAACUCCCUUUAAGAUCCAAGUGSAACAAAUAUCAAGAAAUCUCUAUUUUGCUGACUAUCAAACUAUGAAGAUUGUACAAUGAUGCAUGAUGAAAUGAGUAGGUCUAUGAGCUUCGACAAGUUCCAAUUAAAGGUAAAAAUAAGUAGCUGUAAGGACUUGAAAUCAUGUCCAGURCAUAUUUGGAGGACUUUUAACAACUUCRUAAACUCAUUUUAGAUUGCCUUUAUUGUGUCUUUAUCCAGGAUKUCAAGUUGUCAUUAUAAUAGUCCCUGUAGGUCCACUUCGGUUCUGUACUUUUUAUGAGAUAAAUAAGACUCAAAACUCAAAACGUUGUGUAGUUUGUUAAAUGCAGUAUCAUAGUAACAAUUUUUAAAAKCUCUAUAUGCCCUGCCAAAUCAUAUGCAAUUGUAAUUGUUCAUAUUUUAAUAUUCAAGUGUGAAUGUAAAAGGUUUUAUUAAAAGCAGACAAAUAUCUUGUA